GCUUGCAAGAUCCUGACGGCGACAAGGAAAGCUCAUCAAGUACAACCGAGUCGAGCGGAAUUGAGCACACGUACCUUUCAGGCAUAGGUCCCAUCCUCGCACCGCAAUGUCCGCAAAGUCCAUCCUCGAGGCCGACGGGAAGGCCAUCCUCAACUACCACCUCACUCGUGCUCCCGUCAUCAAGCCGAGUCCUCUCCCUAGGCCUACCACACACAACCCGCCGCCGCGACUAGCCUCGCUCUACUUCCCGGAGGACGCCGAUGUUAACGCGGUGCUGGACCAGGCCGAGAUCACCUACCCUUGGCUACUCCACGCCGACGCCAAGUUUGUCGCAAAGCCCGACCAGCUCAUCAAGAGACGAGGGAAGAGCGGCCUCCUGGCUCUGAAUAAGACCUGGCCCGAGGCCAAGGCCUGGAUUGCCCAGCGUGCCGGCAAGGUCCAGAAGGUCGAGCACACCGAAGGCAUUCUGCGCCAGUUCCUCGUAGAGCCCUUUGUACCUCAUCCAGAUGGCACUGAGUACUACAUCAACAUCAACUCAGUUCGAGAUGGAGAUUGGAUUCUCUUUACCCACGAAGGUGGUGUUGAUGUUGGCGAUGUAGACGCUAAGGCUGAGAAACUCCUCAUCCCUGUCGAUCUCUCCCAGUACCCUUCCAAUGAAGAGAUUGCCAGCACGCUGUUGAAGAAGGUUCCCAAGGGCGUCCACAACGUCCUGGUCGACUUUAUCACCCGCUUGUACGCGGUAUACGUCGACUCCCAAUUCACCUACCUCGAGAUCAACCCCUUGGUUGUCAUCCCCAAUGCGGACGCGACAUCGGCCGAGGUCCACUUCCUCGAUCUUGCUGCUAAGCUUGACCAAACUGCCGACUUCGAGUGCGGUGUGAAGUGGGCCAUCGCUCGAUCGCCGGCUAAUUUGGGUAUCACUGCCGUCUCCAGCGCCGGUGACAAGGUCAGCGUUGAUGCUGGCCCGCCUAUGGAGUUCCCCGCGCCUUUCGGUCGUGAGCUUUCUAAGGAGGAGGCGUACAUCGCAGAACUAGACGCGAAGACGGGUGCUUCUCUAAAACUCACCGUACUGAAUGCGAACGGCCGAAUCUGGACCUUGGUCGCCGGUGGUGGUGCCUCUGUUGUCUAUGCCGAUGCCAUCGCAUCGGCUGGGUUCGCCGACGACUUGGCAAACUACGGCGAGUACUCGGGUGCCCCAACUGAAUCUCAGACCUAUUAUUACGCCCGAACGGUAUUAGAUCUAAUGCUGCGCGCGCCCUUGGACCCCAAGGGCAAGGUUCUGUUCAUCGGUGGAGGUAUCGCCAACUUCACCAACGUGGCUUCUACUUUCAAGGGCGUCAUCCGGGCGCUCCGCGAGUAUGCCAAGCCGCUGAACGAGCACAACGUUCAGAUCUGGGUGCGUCGUGCGGGCCCCAAUUACCAGGAGGGCCUGAAGAACAUGAAGGCUGCUACACAAGAGCUAGGUCUCAACGCUAAGAUCUUCGGCCCUGAGAUGCACGUCUCUGGCAUCGUCCCUCUUGCCCUCGUCCCCGGUCGGUGGGAGGAGAGCAACGUGCAAGAAUUCCAAGGUUGAUCGUGUGUCCGUGUGAGGUGCGUGGGUCACGGUAUAUAGAGGCGUGCAGGCGAUGAAUACGAUGACAUGAUUUUACAGCUAAGAUUCCACGUCCCUCUAAGCUAGAUAACGGAUGUGCGUUUGCGGGUAGAGAGAGGCAGAAAGAUAGAGACGAACGGAUUGGAUCGGAUCUAGUUAACUUUCGAACCUAACUGGUAGUUAGCCGGUCGGCCUGGUCGCCUUCGGGGAGGAGGCCCUGGGAGAGCGAGCGAACGAGUUAGCAGGCUAAACCGCCUCAGAUAGGUGUCUCUCUCUCUCAAGAGUGACUCGGUUCAAGAAAGAGAGCAACGGCAAUCUCGGUUGACGUGAUGGUGAUAGUAGAACGUAGGUAUACUCCCCAACUGUUUUAUGCCGUCUUCAACCGGAGCAGGGGGGAGAUCCCGUGUCCUGAAGU